AUGGUAGUGUACAUUGUUGCUUGUAUCUAUACAUCCAGAGAUAUUACAUUCAAGAGAGUCAUCGGGGUAUUCCCAAAGGUAUGGGGCAGACUUAUCGUAACAUUUUUGUGGUGUCUUCUCGUUUGGGUUAUAUACACCGGCGUGGCUAUUGGAUUGUUUCUUUGGUUUUUCCUCAGCGUCAAUGAUGGAGGUCAAGAGAACGACAAAGUUCUGAUAUUCGGUAUUUGUCUAUUCAUCCCUUUCAUGAUCGGAUCAGUUUACAUGGAGAAUGUUUGGAGUGUUGCAAUGGUAAUCUCGGUUUUGGAAGACGAUUACGGUAGAAAAGCACUGGGAAAGAGUAUGAAACUGAUAAAAGGUAAAGUUUGGGUCUCCUCUUCUGUUUUUCUGACGCUUCAUUUCGCUUUGUCUGGUGUUGUAUUCGCAUUCUCAUUACUGGUGGUUUACGGGGAUAUAUUGAGUUUAGAGCGCAAAAUAUAUGUGGGAAUAGCUUGUUCUGUGUUGCUGAUGCUUUUGAUUCAUUUUACUCUUGUAAUACAAACGAUUUUCUACUUUGUUUGUAAAUCAUAUAACGACGAGGACUCGUCAAACGUUGCUAAACAUUUAGACGUUGGUUAUGCCAAUUUGGUUAGCGACAUUCAAAUACAAAGAGCUUCUGUUUGA